AUGGUUGAUGGUCAAUCUAGUGAUGUUGGUAAGAAAACUAUUGGAAGCAUAGGCCGCCAUGUCAUCACCGGGCCGUGGUUCAUGGUUUUUGCCUGCCUCCUUAUCAUGUCAGUCGCCGGAGCGUCCUUCAUGUUUGGUUCAUACUCGGGGGACGUAAAAACCGCCCUCGGAUAUGACCAAACAACCCUUAACCUUCUUAGUACAUUCAAAGACUUAGGUGGCAAUAUUGGGGUCAUUUCAGGUUUAAUAAAUGAAAUUAACCCACCAUGGGUAGUCCUUCUUAUAGGUGCCAUUAUGAACUUCACGGGUUACUUCAUGAUGUGGCUCGCGGUUACUGGAAAGAUUAAAAAACCACGCGUGUGGCAAAUGUGUCUGUAUAUAUGUAUAGGUGCAAAUUCACAAACUUUUGCUAACACGGGUGCACUUGUUACUUGUGUCAAAAACUUUCCUGAAAGUAGAGGGGUUGUUUUAGGGAUUUUAAAGGGUUUUGUGGGUUUAAGUGGCGCGAUUAUUACACAAUUGUAUCAUGCGAUUUAUGGACAUGAUUCGAGGUCGUUGAUCUUGUUUAUAGGGUGGCUUCCUGCUGUGGUGUCUAUUGUUUUCCUAAGGAUUGUUCGGAUUAUGAAAGUGGUUCGACAAGUGAAUGAGGUUAAGAUGUUUUAUAAGUUUCUUUUUAUCUCACUUGGGUUAGCAGGGUUUCUUAUGGUUAUAAUUAUAAUCCAAAAUAGUUUCAAGUUUUCCAAAUUUGGGUAUGAUGGAAGUGCAUCUGUUGUUGUAAUAUUACUUUUUGCACCACUUUUGGUGGUGUUUAAAGAAGAGUUAAAGUUAUGGAAAGCUAAGCAAGAAAUGGGAAAUAAUGUCAUGAUUUCCCCUGUGAAAAUAGUAACCGAGGGUCCAAAUACGGUCCACACUGAACCACCGCCGUUACCACCAUCAGAAAAGGCGUUUUCAUGUUGGAAGACCGUGUUUAGGCCACCUAAGACAGGGGAGGACUUCACCAUACUGCAAGCAAUUUUCAGCCUUGACAUGUUGCUUCUUUUCACCACCACCACAUUUGGUUUAGGUGGAAGCUUAACUGCAAUCGACAACCUUGGACAAAUCGGGCGAUCUCUUGGAUACCCGAAAACUAGUAUCACCACUUUUGUGUCGUUGGUGAGUAUCUGGAACUAUUUGGGCCGGGUUGGGUCGGGCUUUCUUUCGGAAAUCUUACUAACCAAGUACAAGUUUCCUAGACCUUUGAUGCUCACUGUUGUCCUUUUUAUCUCAUGUGUUAGCCAUCUUCUAAUAGCCUUUGGUGUGCCUAAUUCCCUAUACAUUUCUUCAAUUAUAAUGGGUUUUUGCUUUGGAGCACAAUGGACAUUACUUUUUACAAUGGUAUCUGAAUUAUUCGGGUUAAAAUACUAUUCCACUCUGUACAAUGUGGGAGCAGGAGCAAGCCCGGUCGGGUCAUACAUCCUCAAUGUGGUGGUAGCUGGCCGCCUAUAUGAUAAAGAAGCGACACGGCAACUAAAGGCGCAAGGAAUAACCCGAAAAGAAGGGGAGGAUUUGACUUGUAGAGGCGUCGAGUGUUAUAAAAUGUCAUUUCUUAUAAUCACAGGUACAACAAUUUUUGCAUCUUUAAUUUCACUUAUUUUGGUAAUGCGAACAAAAAGCUUUUACCACGGUGAUAUCUACAAGAAGUUCCGAGGGGAAGUGGAGGUGGCGCCUAAUGAUAAAGAAAUGUUGAGGCCGUAUUCAAUUGCCGCUCCACCAUUGAUGACGCCACCAGAAAGGAAAAUGGGGGAAGAAAACAGUACCAUAACUUAAGAUAUAUACCUGGCACACAAGUCUUAAAAUUGUUGUUACAUAUGGAAGAUAGUCACUCAUUUGAAAUGGGCCAAAUGUUAGAUUCCUGAUAAAUGCAAUAAACAGGAUUAUUAGACAUCUUAUAAAA